AUGAAGAACAAGCGAGACGUUUUGGUAGAUAUUCAAACCUGGCUAGGCUAUGAUAGGAUCAUGACAGUGAAUCCUAUUGGGUACAGCGGCGGCCUAGCGUUGAUUGAAAGACCGCAUUUGUGGGAGAGACUAUCUCAGAUUGGAGUCUUCAGAAAAGAUCCUUGGUGUAUGCUUGGGGACUUUAACGAGAUCAGAAACAAUGAUGAAAAAAUAGGAGGUCCUAGAAGAAGUGUUAUAUCUUUUCUACCGUUUAAUGAUAUGCUUGAAAUUGGUGAGAUGGUUGAACUUCAAAGUUCCAGAGAUAGUUUCACUUGGGGAGAGCUUGUCAAAGCUUACAAAGAAGAAGAAGAAUAUUGGCAACAAAGAUGUAAGGAGCAAUGGGCAACUAAAGGGGACUUGAAUACAAAGUAUUAUCAUGCCUCAGUCAAACAUAACAGAGCUAAGAAGAGAAUCGUUAAGCUAAAGGAUGAUCUUGGUCAAGAUCAAUUUUCUGAGGAAGCUAAAGGAGAAGUUGCCACUGCUUACUUUGCUAACCUUUUCAAGUCUGCCAAUAUUGGAGAAUUUUCUGAGCUGUUUGAAGGUUUCUCUGCUAGGGUUACGCCUACAAUGAAUGAGUCCUUGUCCAAGGAUGUGAGUAAUGCAGAAGUCAAAGAAGCGGUAUUCUCAAUCAAGCCUGGGAGUGCCCCUGGUCCUGAUGGAAUGACGGGGUUAUUCUUUCAAAAAUAUUGGGGAAUUGUAGGUGAUCAAGUGAUCAAGGAGGUGAAGGAUUUCUUUUCCUCUGGUCUGUUUCCAGCUGAGUGGAACUUUACGCAUCUUUGUUUGAUCCCAAAGAUUGAUGACCCUAUCCUUAUGUCUGACUUGAGACCCAUUAGCUUGUGCUCAAUCCUUUACAAGAUCAUAUCAAAGCUUCUGGUUUCUAGGUUGAAACCGCUUAUGCCAGAUAUUGUGUCUCCAACGCAAUCAGCUUUUGUGGAGGAAAGGCUUAUAACAGACAACAUUCUUAUAGCCCAUGAGAUUAUCCAUGCGCUGAGAACUAAUGAUAAGGUCUCUAAGGAGUUUAUGGCGAUUAAAUCUGAUAUGUCGAAGGCUUUUGACCGUGUGGAAUGGGGCUACUUGCGUGCAUUGCUCUCAGCUUUGGGGUUUAAGCAAGACUGGAUUGAGAAGAUCAUGUUCUGUGUCUCUACAGUCAGCUAUGCUUCCUUGAUCAAUGAUGUUCCUUAUGGCCUUAUUCAUCCUGAAAGAUGUCUUCGACAGGGAGACUCCUUAUCUCCGUUCCUCUUUGUUCUUUGUACAAAGGGCCUCAUUCACUUAAUCCACAAGGCAGUUGAGAAUGAGAGUCUUCAAGGUAUUCAGUUUUCUAAAGAGGGACCGAUGAUUCACCAUUUGUUUUUCGCUGAUGACUGUUUGCUCAUCAGUAAAGCCUCUCCGGAUCAAGCUAGAAAGUUGGUGGAAAUUCUGAAAAUUUAUGAAAGAGCUACGGGGCAGCUGGUUAAUGUUUCUAAAUCAGCCAUCUCUUUUGGUGCGAAGCUUAAGGAGAAUCUGAAGGUUGAGAUCAAAGAAAUUACGGGCAUUGAAAAAGAAGGUGGUUCUGGUUCUUAUUUGGGAUUACCGGAGUGUUUCAGUGGUUCUAAAACGGAGCUCUUAGUCUUCAUCUAUGAUAGACUCAAGGGUAGAUUAUCUGGUUGGUUUUUGAAACUGCUGUCCCUCGAUGGAAAGGAAAUUCUGAUCAAAGCGGUCGCUAUGGCAAUGCCGGUUUAUGCAAUGUCGUGUUUCAAACUUACCAAGAUUUCUUGCGAGAAUCUUACUAAAGCAAUGGCAGACUUUUGGUGGAACUCUCUGGAGCACAAAAGGAAAUUGCAUUGGUUGAGUUGGACUAAAUUGUGUUUGGCUAAAGAGCAAGGGGGUUUUGGGUUCAAAGACAUUCAGAGCUUCAACCAAGCCCUAUUGGCAAAACAAGCUUGGAGAAUUUUAGCUUAUCCCGACUCACUGUUUGCGAAAGUUUUUAAGAGCAGAUACUUUGAAAAUUCAGAUUUUUUUUCUGCUAGGAUCGGAUCAGGACCCUCUUAUGCAUGGUGGAGCAUACAAUUUGGUAAAGAACUCUUGAUUCAAGGGUUGAGAAAGCAUGUGGGCAAUGGUCAAACCGUUUCUGUAUGGGUGGAUCGUUGGAUUGAAGGAGAAGUGCGACGAGCUCCUCUCAUGAAGAAUAUUUUUGUUGAUCUGUUGCUGAAGGUUAGUGAUCUUAUUGAUCAUCAGAACAUCUGUUGGAAUCUGGAGAAGCUUCGUGAUCUGUUUUAUGAGGAAGACAUUGAAAGGAUUUUGGCCAUGAAAACUGCCUUUGGGGAAGAAGAUUAUUGGGUUUGGCUGCAUAAUAGGCAUGGCAGUUAUUCGGUGAAAUCUGGAUACUGGUUUAUAAACAAUCUGCGUAGAAGAGAAGAAAUCAGAGAAGCUGAAGCACAACCUUCAAUUAAUGUCUUGAAGGCUGCCAUUUGGAAAGUUCAGACGGCUCCUAAGAUUAAAACGUUCUUUUGGCGAGCUAUGAGCAAUGCAAUUCCGGUGGGGGAACUCCUGGUGAAGAGAGGAGUUAAAAUGGAUCCAUGUUGCCAGUCUUGCGGUUUCCAAGGCGAGUCUAUCAAUCACAUAAUCUUCCAAUGCCCUAUAGCCAGGCAGGUAUGGGCGUUGGUAAAUGUUCCGUAUCCAGAGAAUGGCUUUCAUAAGGUAUCACAUUUCUCGAACUUCCAUUCCUUGAUUUUAAUGAUGAAAAAUGCAACCAUCCCUGAGGAAGUAAGAAAUGCUAUUCCCUGGAUUGUGUGGUAUCUCUGGAAGUAUAGAAAUGGUAUCAUCUUUGGUGCUAAACAAAUGACUGCGUUGGAUUUAGUGAUAAAGAUUUUCGAAGAAGCAGAUUUUUGGUUAAUGGCUCAGAAAAAUGAAAAGAUCCGUGAACAGGAGGAACAAGAGGCAGGGUUGGAUGUUACAAAGUCCUGGUCUGUUCCUCCAAAAGGUUGGCUAAAAGGGAACAUAGGUGUUCAUUGGAACAGAUCGCAAGCUAGAUGCGGAGCUGCCUGGGUUGUUAGAAAUGACAAAGGAAAGGUUAUUCUAAGACCGAAGGCAUGGCCUAACUUCAAAUGUCAAUACAUCCAGAUUAUGGAAAGAUUUGAGAAAUUAGAAAAGUGGAGAGUGUUGAAGGAAGAGAAGACAUCUAAUAGAGGAGCUUUCCUCAUUGCUCAAAGUGUGAUCAAAGGUGGAUAUGCUCAAUAUUAUGUAGCUACUGGUGCUCCUUUUUGGCUUUUGGAUCUCUUUGAGAAUGAGGAGAGGCUUUCCUCUUUAUAG